GUCAAGGACCUGACAAGCAUCAGGCGCCCUACCGGGUGAAACUGGCCGCCCGCAAAACAGACCUGUAUCGUCCCGACCUACCUACCCUCCGCCGCAUGCAAAUGGAUGACGAAGCCGGCAAACUACCAGGCGAGCACAGCCGGAACACCACCAAAUGCAGCGCAGUUAUUCAGCCAUGCCGGAGGAUCACUGCGAAUCAGUGACAAGUUUUCUCCUGAUGGAAAGCGAUAUACAAUUCCCAGUGUUCAUAUUGAGAAACCCUGGAGUCACUACAGGCCUCUGAUCACCAAUGCCUCAAAGGACUGGUCUCGCUUUGUAUCAGAGUGUGGGGAAUUUGUUCUUCCUAAAAGGGACCAUAAAGAUUUACACUACUCUGGGUAUGCAGUCAGAUAUUUGAAACCUAACGUUACACAGUCCUGGAAGUACUCUCAGCAAACAGAGCCGUCAUUCAGCAAUUACAACCAGAAGCCCAUUGCAUUCAAUACUCUCAAUCAAUUCAGAAGUCUGUCCAGUCCAUUCAGCUGUUGUUCAUCCCUGCGACCUUGGUAUUGAAGCGCAUUGUGGUUUUGGAAGCUUUGAGCAGAAGCUAUUGGCGUGGAAUCUGUGACCAGAUUUGCUGCAGGAUCUGAAGAUGAUAAGAUAAUUUCAUAGGAGUAAUCAAUUAUCAUUCAA